AUGUUUAAAUAAAUAUGUCCAGAAUCUCUAAAUUGUGGAUAUUUAAACAAAUGCAUAGAUGGAAUGUGUAUACAUAAUCCAAUAUUCCCUAUGACUUUAUAUACUGCCAUAGUUUAUUUCAUAUGCCCUAUAUUAUUGGGACUUGGAAUGACAGGAGGAUUAGGAGGAGGAGUAUUGAAAGGACCAAUUCUAUUAAUGAUGCUUGAUUAUGAAUAGAGUUAUGCAACUUAAUUAUCUUAUUGUUUAAUGUUUGGCGGAUGUGUCAUAAAUACAUUUCUAUUAAUGAAAAAAUCUCAUCCUUAUGAUUAGAAAAGACCAUUAGUAAAUUAUAAUUUAGUAGUGAUUUUAAAUUGUUCAAUAGCCCUUGGUAGUUAUUUAGGAAGUAUCCUAAAUGUUUUUCUAGCUCCUAUAAUUGAAACAAUUUUCUAAUAACUUUUUUUGAUUAUUGUUAUUCCAUUUCUAUUGAAUAAAGCAAAAAAAGAAAAACUAAGAAAAAUAAGAUGUUAAAGUGAACUUGAUUUAGAAAAAUAUUUACUUAAUUAAAAAGAUUCAAUAUACACUGAAGAAUAAUAAUUGUUAUUAUAAGAAGAAUUUCAGAAUUUUUAUCCAUAUAAAAAAUUGGCCAUAGCCUUUUCAUUCUUUAUUGUUUCAUAAGUAAUUAUGACAGGUGGAAAAUAUCUAUAACCAUUUAUUCAAUUAAAUAAAUGCUUUGAUUUUAGAUACAUAUUAUGGAUAAUAUUGUUAAUUUUUAAUAUUUUUAUGUCUAGAUUAGUAUAUAAAUAUGGUUAAAAAGUAAUAUAUAUAUAUUAUUAAAUAAUUAGAAAGAAAAACUAUUUGAUGAUUAUUAAAUUUAUAUGUAAGAAAGAUAUUUUAAAAAGAAUCAAUUUAUAUUAAUAUAUGUUUCUGGAUUUUUAGCUGGAUUAAUUUCAGGACUUCUAGCUUUAGGAGCAGUAAAUUAUUGUAUUUAUUUAAGGGAUUAUUAAUGGUUCCAGUAUUAUUACAAUUAGGAUUACAUCCUAGAAUUGCUACUGCAACAUCAGCAUUUAAUUACUUUUUUAUUGGUUUAACUAAUGUUGUCAAAUUAAUAACUGAUAGUUAAGUUUAAAUGACAGAAAUUAUUUGGUUUUUUGGAUUAGCUGUAAAUAUUAAUUUCAUAUUUAGUUUAUUUUUGGAACUAUAUGUUGCCAUUACUCUUUAAAAAUUAUUGAAAAGUUAAAAUUAGUUCAUAUAGUGAUAUAUUUUACUAUUCUUUUGGCUAUUUUGAAUUUUAUUGCUGGAUUUUAUUAUUCAAUUAUUUAAUCAUUAAGAUUUGGAUUUAAAAGUCUUUUAGAAUUUGAAUUCCAUUGUUGA